AUGAUUAGAUUCAAAGUCUUAAUUCUGUCUUUAAUGUGGCUUCAACCCUAUGAAACAUACAAAUUGCAAAAAAGAUCUCAAAAGCUUUGGCUAGAUUUAAAGUUUUAUCACAAAAUUCUGCCAGCAUACACUGAUUUUAAAAUUAAUUGGAUAAAUCUUUUGCACAAGUUAAAAAGAAAUAUGAAGAUUUUUUAAAAUAAUUGGACAAAAUGAAAAUACAAUUAUCAAAGAUAUUUCAAUAUAUCUAAGUUAAUAGGAUUAUUAAUAAAUUAAACAAUUUAUAAGUGAUUAAGAAGUGGUAUUAGUAUUUCAAUAAUCAACAGGGGAUCAGGAAGUAGAAUUAAAUUGGUAUUUUUAUAUUAGUAAUAUUCUUAGAAACGAAAUUUUAAUCAUUUAUAUCUAUUUAAUUAUUAUAAUUAAUUUGAAAAUAAACGCUUGAGUCUUUAGACUUAAAUAAAGCAUAAUAAUAGACUCAAGGUCUUUAAAUAGAUGAUUUAACCAUACUCUAGUAAGGUAUUUAAUUUUUUUUAAUUCUAUUAAGAAUAUAAUUAAACCUCUAAAGAUGAAAAUUAAUUAUGCUUAAUGAGUAGAAAUGUCAGUAGGCUAAUGAAUUAAUAAAUUAAAAUAUAACAUAAUUGGAUUAAUAUUUAUUUGCAACAUUCUUUUAAAAUACUUCUAAAAUACUUGAUAUAAUUUAGGUAUAUCUUUAUAAUUAGACUAUUCAAUUUUUAUAAUAGAAAUGAAUUAAUAUAAAGAUUUAUCUGAUUAUUCAGAUCUAGAACUUAAAAGAAAUCCAUAAAAUGCAUUCAUAUUAAUUGCAAAAAGGUAAUGAAAUUAAAUAACUUCAAAAGGUUCUACAUUAAUAUGAGUUGGGAUAUGUAAUGUACUUUAAAUGAGGAGAAAAAAUAUCACUUAGCAAUUGAAAAUGUGAAAAGUUUUUGAAAGAAGAGCCUUAGCAUCUUCAUGAUUUCUAUAGAAAAUUUAUUUAUGCAUUUUUAAAGUAUGUUUUUCUUUAUAAUAGAUAUAUCAAUUUAAUUAUUAUAUAUGAUUUGAACGAAAAUGAGUUAGCUAUUUCGUGCAUUGAUAAAGCUCUUUAGAGUAAUUCAAAUUAUAUUAUAGGUUAGAAUAGCAAAAAAUUACUUGGAUUUUUAUAAAUAGGUGUUUCUUUACAAUAGAGCAAAGUUGAUUACGAAAAAGCAAUCUAAUUAGAGCCAAAUCACAGAAAUACCUCUAUGAAUAAGGGUUUAAAUUUUUUGUAUUACAAUAGGUAAUUCUUUUCUAUUUAGCAAGUUGAUUAAAAUGAAAAUAUCAGAUCUUAAAAAAACAUAAUGAUGCAAUUGUUUGCUACGAUAAAGCAAUCUAAAUAGAUCAGAAUUACACAAAUGCUUAUUAUAACAAGGCUUAAUUUUUUUGUAUUUUAAUAGGUUUUGCUUACAAUGUAAAAGAUAGUUAAAGUAGAAUAAUUGAAAAAAUAUUAUUUAGCUAUAGAAAAUUAUGAUCAAGCAAUUAAACAUUGCAAAACGAAAAAAGGUGAAUUUAGAAAACUAAUUUUGGAAAUCAAUAUUUACAGACAUCAUUAACAUAAAAUUGCAAAGUUUAGACUUCGUCUUAGUAAAUAUUCUCCUAUAAUUUUGUCUUCACUUUUAAUUAAUUUAUUAUUUUUUUCAAUGAUCAAUAAUGCUUAGUUUUUAAUUUUGCAUAUGUAAGCACUAAUAAUCAAUAAAUAAGCUUUUUAACUUAUUUAUGGAGAUUAAAUUUAUUAAAUCAUUGAUUUCUCUUACAAUUGA